GCGACGCGCCCUUCUUUCCUUCCUUCCUUCCGCGGGCCCUGGGCCGCUCCCAGUCCGGCCUCCCGAUUGCCUUGAUUGCAUUCCACCCGGCCUUCCUCCCCAGCGCCUCCCUUUUGCCCUCCCAACAACAACCCUGCCAGCAAGGUCACCAUGGGGCAGGCCAAGAGCCGGAGAAGAGCUGACGUGGCCCCCCAGAGCAGCCAAGGAGCCCCAAGCCAGAUGGAUGUGACCCUCCUGCCGCAGGAGCUGCUGGUGCUGAUCCUGAGCUGGGUGCCCGGCCGGACUCUGGUGACCGUUGGCCGCCUGGUGUGCCGGGAGUGGAGGGAUCUGAUUGACAGCCCCGUCCUCUGGAAGCUCCAGGGGGAGAGAGACCCCUCCAAGCGGGAGGCUUUCCGUGCCGCCCUGGAAGCCGCCCGUCACUGCCCCCGCAUGGAGUGGGCCCGGGUGGGCGUCCUGCAGCCCUUCGGCAGGAACCUGAUCAAGAAUCCUUGUGGGGAAGAACAAUUUCUGCACUGGCAGGUCGGAUAUGGGGAUGGCGUGUGCUUAGGGGACAACACCUGUUGGAUAUCGCAGCUCGUUGAUUUGGUGAAGGAAGGUUUGUGGGAAGACCUCCUGGACACCUUCCAACCGGAUAUUUUUAUCUCUGACUGGUGGGGCACCCAUGAGAAAUGCAGCUGCACCUACAACCUCUACGUCCUCCUCCUGGCAGCAGACAGGAACUCAGUGAUCACCAGAUUUGUCACUGAAAUGGACCCUGCAGCUGAGUGGAACAUCCCAUUUCAACAGGCUUCCCACGUCUUCAGAAAAUAUGGUCCUGGAGUGCGCUACCUGCGGUUUCAGCACAUUGGCAAUCGCCCUGGGCCGGAGCACACAGAAGCUCAUAUCACCAACUCUACUGUCUUGGUGAAACUCUCAGGGUAGACGCCGAUAAGGACCCUUAUCAACUGGGCAAAUGUAUAACCUGCCAUUCUGAAGAGGCUAAACACCAUUUUCCACCUUCUGCCGCCACCUC